AUGUAUUUGUUGCAGACUAUAUCUCUAUAUCCCUGCAAGUACGUACUCAGAUCUGGAGAAUCUCUCACUUUUGUUCCGCAAUGUGACAUUGGGAACAAUGUUUCCGAUCUGAGUACAUAUUUGCAGGGUCUUGCAAUUGUACCCUGCAAGUACGUACUCAGAUCUGGAGAAUCUCUCACUUUUGUUCCGCAAUGUGACAUUCGAUAUACGAUUCUCGAAAGGAGUUUACAUUUGCAAUAUACUAUCAUAUCACAUUGCAAUUAUAAACCCCUUUCGAAGAAAGCUUAUUUUU